UCUACGUCCUACGUUCUACCGAGUCUCCAACACGUGGACCUGGACCCAAGCUGUUGGUCCCGGCCCGUAGUAGCUAGUUACGUCGUAAUUAGUGUAGUUAGCCUGGUGGUCACCACCAUAGGUUAUUCUGUUAAGGGGCAGUUUCCCCGUGUGUUAAAUGUGUUGCCUCCAAGUGUACGUCUGCGACUCAGUUGAACUCACUACAUUAUUAUCACCACUGCGCAAGCUUUCGCGGUUGUGCUGCACGUGGAACUUAACGUCGGACAUUGCGCCGAGCGAUACUCGGUUCAACGUGAAAAGACACGGGAGAGGAGUGAUUGCGAGUUAUUAUUGCUGCAGGUGGUGGCAAACGCCUGCAAAGCCUGGUGCUUAGGAGGCGCAGUUGGUGGUUCAUGCAGACGCCGCAUCCGCACCCUCUCCUCCUCCUACGCCUCUGCGGGGGCAGCCAGGGGGCCGGUGCGCGAGCGCCACUCUUCCACGGGAGGCGGUGUGGUGGGCGCCAGGCGUGGGGCCGCCGGAGUCAUGAUGGAGGAGGACAUUGAAGUGGCCAUAAAGGUAGUGGUGGUGGGGAACGGCGGCGUGGGGAAGUCCAGCAUGAUCCAGCGCUACUGCAAGGGCGUCUUCACCUCCGAGUACAAGAAAACCAUUGGGGUGGACUUCCUCGAGAGGCUCAUUCAGAUGAAGGGGCAGGACGUGAGGUUGAUGCUGUGGGACACUGCUGGGCAGGAGGAGUUUGACGCCAUCACAAAGGCCUACUACAGAGGUGCGCAGGCGUGCGUGCUCGUCUUCUCCACGGUGGACCGCGCCUCCUUCGAGGCGGCGCUCUCCUGGAGGCUCAAGGUGGAGCGCGAGGUGGGCACCGUGCCCAUCGUGCUCGUGCAGAACAAGAUCGACCUCCUCGACAGCGCCGUCGUCAACAGUGAGGAGGCGGAGGCUUUGGCCAAGCAGAUGAAGGUGCGGUUCUACCGGGCGUCCGUCAAGGAGGACCUCAACAUCAACGAUGUGUUUAAGUACCUGGCAAGGAAGUAUCUGCAGAGCCUGCAGCAGGGUGCCACAGAGGCGCCACGGAAGCAAAUCUCCAACAGCAAAAUAGCCGUGUUCAACACCGCGAGCGACAGCAGCCCCACGCUGCCCGCGGCCAACGGGAGCGACAUCGUGAGCCUGAGGCCCAACAAGCAGCGCGCCAAGAAGAGCCGCGUGCCCUUCAACAGCUGCGGCCUCUUGUAGCGAUGGCGCCCGGCACGCCCAGGGAGGAGGCGCGGAGGCGGCACACGGCGCCGCCCGUUAACGCCGUCGUUCUCGCAGCGGCAGGCGGCGCUGUAGACAAGGAGUCCUCGGGAGACGUGACAGAAAGUCAAGCACACGCGCUCGACCCUCGCCGCUUAGAAAAUGCUAAGGGGUGACGUCGGUGACCCCGGCGUUUCCAGAGCGGGGCUCGUGCCGGACCGGCUCCUAGAUCCUGCGUUGAGCAAAACAGGGUUUGGUUUUAAUGUUCGUUGUCGAGUCGCAAAACGUUGCCUUGCCCCCCCCCCAACCCGUGCUCCUCGCCCUGGAGCUUCCCGCUCCACCUAUGGACGCAGCGACCGUGCAUGUGCCGCUCUGUGUGUGUGCGCCGCGCCGUGUGUGCGCAACGCAGCAGGCACCGGCAAACAGAACGUCGAUGUAGCCCGAGGCUCGGAUCUCUCUCUCCGGCCGCGGCGACGCCGAUUAAUGCCGAGGGAAAGAACGUGCGGUGGCUGUGGAUCCCCCGGCCUCUCGGGAGCUCACCGUGAGGCGGUGGAAUCCAGGAGACGACAAAAUCAAAGCUGCCCACUGCCUGCCGUUUGUGGGAAGGCGUCGCCUGCAUCACCGGAGGUGUCUCCACUAAAGCCGCUUUGCACAUCGUCCGAUAUCGACGAGUGGAAGGUUUAAAUUUUUGCUCCGUCCGCCCGGUAAUUUUCGCGAGGAGAUCCCAAAGUGGGCCGGCCAUUAAGACUCUUGUGAUGCCAUCGUUUUGCAAAAAAAAAAAAUGGCCGUUGUGUGCCACUUGCAGCCAAAAUCCUUACGUGCAUAGAGCUCUUGCAAAAAACCACCCCUAAAUGUUGGACUGCUCCUAGAUACAAAUGGCCUGCCAGGUCUCGAUUGGAGGAGAUGACGAUUAUCAGUAGAUUUGCACCUUGUUAAAGGAUGGGGAUAACGAGUUUGUUUUAUCUUAAAGUUUCAACAGCACCCACGUUUUUUAAAAUGUAUUAUUUGGGUUAAGGGAGUCAGAAGAUGCUCAUUUCUACUGUAUAUUAACAUUUGACCCCAACGGUAAUAAAAUGUUCAGAAUGCUUCAUUUCUAGAACGCAUACCUAGAAAGUGCCACACUUGUAAAUCCGCAGUCCUUCGUUAAUCCGCUGCUGGUUCAAGGCCUCCCCACGCCGUCCCGGUCAUGGGGAAUGUUUGGCCAUACUUCACGCCAGUCAGUGCGGGUUUUGCCAACACUCUGUACUGAUGUCAGCUGUCGACAGAAAUCGAACUCGGUUUGUCGGGUUUACAGCGCAGUGCGACAACUGCUGUGUCAUUGUUCCCUCAUUCCGCUUGUUGCUGAUUAUUAACAGUGGCUAGUGGCAGUCGCAGCCUGGCGUGUUGGGAAUGAGCUGCUUUGAGCGUUACGGGUCGGGAAAUAAUGAACAGCGACAUCCAGUGGUGAACUUUCAUGUUUUGUAACUGUUCCUAUGUCCGAGUGCUGUGUUAUUGUGGAACGCAGGGUGGCCUAGCGACGUGGACCCUUGUCAUCUAGAGUCGAUCUGGAAUGUACAGUUUCCAAUCUUUAAAGUUAAGUCGGCGUCUCCCUGUUGAUCUCCAUCGGUGGUCCCUGAGACGCACGGAAGCUCCACAUUCCAGUUGGAGACACCAGUCUCUCCGUAGGACCGCAGGUGACUUCCAACAAAGGGGUAUUCAUUUUGACCACCAUUCGAGGGAUGAUGGGGCCGAGUCAUUCCACGGCGGGGGAUUUGAACCUCGUAACCUUUCGAUUGUGGGUCAAGCGUUUUAUCCGCAGCAUCACCCAGCCGAUUUGAAUCUUUGUGGCUGAUGGCCGCGUUUUCUGAGAAUGACCCAAGCGUGCCAAGGAUGACGCUAUCGAACGUGUUCCAUUGUUUGGAAGAGGAGGCCAUUGGACACUGCUGCCUUUGCCAAAAUCUCAACAUCUCCACACUAAAUUGUUAAUGUAUAUUGAACAAUCAUGGAUCCAAGCGUCUGUUUCACAGGCCAAAAAAACAUGUAAUUGCAUUUGGAUCCAUCGGUGAGCGAGCCUUCCAAACCAACGUGUUUUCCUGCACCAUUUCCCUAGGCGGCGGAUCUUCGCCUGGUUUCAACAUUGGGAGAUGGACCAGAACAAUGUGGCCAGUUAAACAAAUGCUGACGGGUCUCAUUAAUAAUAUUGCCAAUCACCGAGGGGUGCAACACUGAGUCUCAAUACUUUUCGAUUUUUAAAGUAGGGUCCUGGCCAUUGGGUUCGAUCGGCCAAUUUGACAAACGGCUUGUGGGAGGAAGCCGGAGUUCCCGGAGAACACCCUCGCUCUCUGAAGGGGCGACACUCGGCACUGACACCGCCUGGCCACCCCACAACCCCAUGCCGACAGUGACUGCCAAGCCCUGAUGCUUCCCGUCCACCUGCUAACCAGGCCCAUCCUGCUUAUCUUCUGAGAUCAGACGGGGGAGGCGAAUGGUCGACACAGCUAAUACCUGUGGCGACGUAACUAGCAUGCAGGCCUCCAUUUGAAAGAGGUAACGCAUUUAAAUGUGCCCCCAUAAACAAGAAUAAUGUUACAUAUUUGUUCAACGAAUAAUGAAUCCACCGAGUCUCAAAACUAAUUUCUUCGGGAGGGUCCUUGCUUAGCAUACGUGGCCAAUUCCGAGUGGAUUUUUUACGAUAGCAUUCACGAACAACAUUUUGGAACAUCCGUGUGGUUCUGUGACCCCGCUGUUCCCACCUCAGACUGCUUCUGCCAGAGCGCUGCCUACGUACAACGGCCUCGUGUCCGAUUGAUGAUGGAGAGACACCUCAGUAUACAUGUGUACAGAUCAGGGUUCGACGGUCAAAUGACGCGCAGCAAAGUUUGUAAUCCUCGGAAAUCGCACUGUGCAAUCGGGUGUCGUGUUGCGCCUGCAAAACACGGGUUUUAUGAGCUUUUGCGAGCCGAGCAGCGUCGUUUUAUUCGAAUAAAGUAUUGACGCGUGAUGGGAUUGGUGCAGCGGCGUGCACGCGGAUCGGCAAGCAUCGUGCGGCGAGGCACGGCGGCGACCGCGUCGUGCAAUGAAACGCGUCGCGCUGGGACGCGCCUCGCUCCUCGAACGUUUGUAACGCGACGUCUCACGCGAAGGGAAAAAAACCCACACCAGUCGAGCUUAUUACUCGCUGGGGCUAGGUGUGAAAUAAUUGGAACCGUAAUUGGCCGACUGGGCUACGCGUGUUUGCCAAGUUUGUGAGAUGUGUCCGGGUGGCUCGAUGGCUGCGUCAAGGACACUGAGCCUGCACUGCAGAGGCCCUGGGGCUUGAGUCUAAAUCUGGUUUUUAGUCACAAGGAACUUAAACUAACUGCAUAAGUGUCGCGAGUCUAUGGUCUUGGCCUGGUCACCAACGAAUAGCAGCACACUUGCCAUACGAAUGUCGUUUUUUUUGCUUAAAGUAUCAUAACAUAGCUUUAAGGACUCGGUUUUAUGAAUAUAUCGGUUGACUUAACAUGAGGGUGUCACUCUUUUUUAGAGGGCACAUUGGGAGCACCAUCUCGUGUUGGGUGAGACUGGUCUAACGUGAAGUAGCUCCAGUUCUGCUGACCGUAGCAGCUUCAAGGACAGUUUCUUCAACUUGAGAAAUUACUUAAGCAGAAUAGCUUAGGAAAUGUCAAAAUGUAUUGGAAAUAUUGUAAGUAGGGUACUGAAGCCUAUAUUGUCAAAUUAGGCUUGGCACACUGUAUCACCGUCGUACAGAACAUGGGGCACUGCCAAGACAUUUGAACGAUUAGCUUAGUCACUUAUCGGAAAUUAUGAGGGGACAUCACCAAUGGGUUGGGAUGCUUUUUUCCAUGAUGCAAACGAAUAUAUUACAAGAUGACCUGAUUUUAAGCGCAGUGCUGUAAUAACCGUUUCCGGUCAGAAAUGUAUCUGAAUAAAGAAUGCCCGAGGUUAUAUUGCCUUUAAGAAUAUCAAGUCGGGAUCCACUGCAUAUUCAUGUUGGUUUUAUUCAUAACCUAUGUAUAGGAAAUUAAUCAAUGGUGAGACCAGGUUUGAAAGUGGCUUGAUCGGCCAAAGUUAAUUUGACAUCCAUCAUCUACGUGCACCGCCAAAUGUGAAGUUGAUUCGGUUUAAUCCAGGUGAGAACUGAAUGGGCCAGCAUAGUGUCAUUUACAGGGGCUCCUCUAUUUACGAACGCGUUAGGUUCCAGAAGUCUGUUGGUUUUGUUCACAAGUCCAACUUUAACUACCGUCGAUUCCAAACAUGUUGUAAGGCAUGUACACUAAACGCGGGGAAUGGUUUAAAAAGUUGUAUAAUCUCCUGUAGAUGCCACUGGUUCUUCAUGUUCUGCAGACGGAGAUGCCACCACUGCAUCUAUUGCGCGGUUAAACUUAUGACUAUCGGUCCGAAGAGGCAACUGGACAUGUGGACAUGUUUUUUCGUAUCUCUGAAAAUGCGUAAGUCGAAUGUUCGUAAGUAGAGGAGCCCCUGGACAAGAGUAACAUAGAGCCUGCCACUCACGAGCAAUGAAUGCUGCGUAAUCCCAAGUGAGUAAUUUGCGGUGUGAUGUUCAAAUCUUUUAAAUUUGGACCAUGCUGCCGGCACACAACGGAAUACUCUUGCGAAUGACUUCACAGAAUCUUUAACGUCCACUGGUGUGUGUAGUGUUCGGGUUAUUAUACCGACAGUAAUAACCAGGGCGGCCGUUGGGAUUUGAACCGUGAACCUCCGUAAGAGGUGAGCGCGCUCCCACAAGGCCACGUCACCGCCGCCGCUCUUCAAUGAGAGUUUGUAAUACGUCAACAUUGAAUUAAGUGGUUACGGAAACAUUUUUAAAUAAUUCUGUAUCUGCAAAAUACAUUUCAAAGGCAUAAGCACAAAACUGUGUCGCAUCUUACGUAAGCUCGCCGACACAUGGUUUCCUGUUAUAAAACGUCAAAUCGCAUUAUUACAAUUUUGUGAGUUAAAUAACGUAACCGACUUGUGUAUCCUUGGCAAAGUAACGGAGGCAGGUUAAAGCAGCACAGACUAUUUAAAUGUCAGUGUGUGUGCUCUUUGUGCCGCAUAGGGGUUCCCUUGCAGUAUCAUGUUCAGUUUGGUUCCUGUCUGUGCACGAUGCAGUUAUAAUAAUGUUUGGAAAUCUGGAAUGGGGGCGAGGGGGUACCUUCCCCUGGGCCAAUUCACCCGAAAGUACUUGGUGCUGUGUUGACGAAAGUGAAAUAGACCAUGCUUAUGUGCCGGCUUUGCGAACGCGUCAGCAACAUUUGCCCUAAACAGUCGAUACAGACGAAUAUAAAAUGGUUGUUUCAUACACACAAAUAUAAAAAAAAAACUUGCGUUAACAAUCUGACUUUAUCAGACGAUUCAGGCUUGCGUUUGAAAACAGCUGUACGCUUGCCAUUCGCCCCCGAGUUGGAAUAGUAGUGGUCUGUGCGUGUACGCGUGCAGUUAGGGAUUCAAUCGUCGAUGCUGUACAUGUGACGCAUGAAGAGGGACCGCACCAGCAGUUACGUUGUUUUCUGUACUGUGAUUUUGAGAGGGAAAAAACUCACGAGGUAUACCAAUUAAACAUUGUGAAAACGA